CCGGCUGCGGGGAGCACAAAGCCGGGCGCACCGAGGGCGCCGGCAACAAGCCGGCGAGCUAGGCGAGGCCAGUGCGUCCGCGCCUGCAGCGCCCUCCGGGCGGGGAGAGGGGCCGCCGGCGUCAGCCCGGGCAGCGGCAUCCGCGCGGUGGCGUCCCUAGGCGCCCCGGACGCCGUCCUCCGGACCUGGACGCUCGCUGCCCCGCCCUCUGCACCCCACUUCUGCCUUUUUUCCCAAUCCUGACUGCCCCUGCCCCGGCCCCCGAGAGCCGGAUUGAGCCCAGGCCCGCGCAGCAGCUGUUGCUUGUGUGGCUGCCUCGCCUCCUGUCUUGGUGUUCUGCCGGGAGCCCCCCAAGGAGCCAGUGCCUGUGGGUUGGGAGGGAGGCGCCGCUCAGCCGGUCCUCCUCCUCCUCCUCUUCCUCCUGCUGCCACCGCCGGUGCCUGGUCCGUGCGCACCCCGACACCCCCGCCAGCCGGGCCUCGGGGAUUACUCUAUAUGGAAACAAAAGAGUGGAAUAAACUUGUGGAGUUAAUAAUAUUUGGAAAAUGCUAUUCUCUGAGGCACAUCUCCAGACUGUGAUUUGGCUGAAAUAACUUAUGCCACAGAGCUGUGCGCAUGCCUGGAAUUGAGAGACACAGGUAAAAGACUCCAAACUGUUUCCUGCCUUUCAAAAACUCCAGGAAACCAUCCCCUCAGACUCUGGAAUUCUGCACAUCUCAACAGAGACCUUGCUUGAAUGUUUACAUUUUCUGCUUGCUGUCCUUCAUACCGCUAUACAGUGUUCACCUUUUGUUAACAAUUAUCAGGAGUCGAGCUUGCUCAGCAAGCCAGCAUGGCUAGGAUGAGCUUUGCUUUAGCAGUUUGCCGAAUGGUGCUGAGCUUGCUGAUGACUUCAUUAACUGGGUCUUCCCUACAAAAUAGCGAGUGUCCACAACUUUGUGUAUGUGAAAUUAGGCCCUGGUUUACCCCGCAGUCAACAUACAGAGAAGCCACCACCGUUGAUUGCAAUGAUCUCCGCUUAACGAGGAUUCCCAGCAACCUUUCUAGUGACACUCAAGUGCUUCUCCUACAGAGCAAUAACAUCGCAAAGACCGUGGAUGAGCUUCAGCAGCUCUUCAACCUGACUGAGCUAGAUUUCUCCCAAAACAACUUUACAAAUAUUAAGGAGGUAGGGCUGGCAAACCUGACCCAGCUCACUACUCUGCAUUUGGAGGAAAAUCAGAUUACGGAAAUGAAUGAUUUUUGUCUGCAAGAUCUCAGCAACCUUCAAGAACUCUACAUCAACCAUAACCAGAUUAGCACUAUUUCUGCUAAUGCUUUUUCAGGCUUAAAAAAUCUUUUAAGGCUCCACCUAAACUCCAACAGACUGAAAGUGAUAGAUAGCCGCUGGUUUGAUUCAACACCCAACCUGGAAAUUCUCAUGAUUGGGGAAAACCCCGUGAUUGGAAUUCUGGAUAUGAACUUCAAACCCCUCUCAAAUUUGAGAAGCUUAGUUUUGGCAGGAAUGUAUCUCACUGAUAUUCCUGGAAAUGCCUUGGUGGGCUUGGAUAGCCUAGAGAGCCUGUCGUUUUAUGAUAACAAACUGGUCAAAGUCCCUCAACUUGCCCUGCAAAAAGUUCCAAAUUUGAAAUUCUUAGACCUCAACAAAAACCCCAUCCACAAAAUCCAGGAAGGGGACUUCAAAAAUAUGCUCCGGUUAAAAGAACUGGGAAUCAACAAUAUGGGGGAACUUGUCUCUGUGGACCGCUAUGCCCUGGAUAACUUGCCUGAACUCACAAAGUUAGAAGCCACCAAUAACCCCAAAUUAUCUUACAUCCACCGCUUGGCUUUUCGAAGUGUCCCUGCCCUAGAAAGCUUGAUGUUGAACAACAAUGCCUUGAAUGCCGUUUACCAGAAGACAGUAGAAUCCCUUCCUAAUCUGCGUGAGAUCAGUAUCCACAGCAAUCCCCUGAGGUGUGACUGUGUUAUCCACUGGAUUAAUUCCAACAAGACAAGCAUCCGCUUCAUGGAGCCCUUAUCCAUGUUCUGUGCCAUGCCGCCUGAAUAUAGAGGGCAGCAGGUGAAGGAAGUUUUAAUUCAGGAUUCAGGUGAACAGUGCCUCCCAAUGAUAUCUCAUGACACAUUCCCAAAUCAUUUAAACAUGGAUACUGGCACAACAGUUCUCCUAGACUGUCGGGCCAUGGCCGAGCCAGAACCUGAAAUUUACUGGGUCACUCCCCUUGGAAAUAAGAUAACUGUGGAAACGCUUUCAGAUAAAUACAAACUAAGUAGUGAAGGUACAUUGGAAAUAUCUAACAUACAAACUGAAGAGUCAGGAAGAUACACCUGUGUUGCCCAGAAUGUUGAAGGGGCAGACACUCGAGUGGUGACAAUUAAGGUUAAUGGAACCCUUCUGGAUGGUACCCAGGUGCUGAAAAUAUAUGUCAAGCAGACAGAAUCUCAUUCCAUUUUAGUGUCCUGGAAAGUUAAUUCCAAUGUCAUGACGUCAAACUUAAAAUGGUCAUCUGCCACCAUGAAGAUUGACAAUCCCCACAUAACAUAUACUGCCAGGGUCCCGGUAGAUGUUCACGAAUACAACCUAACACACCUGCAGCCUUCCACAGAUUAUGAAGUGUGUCUCACAGUGUCCAAUAUUCAUCAGCAGACUCAAAAGUCAUGUGUUAAUGUCACAACCAAAAAUGCUGCCUUUGCGUUGGACAUUUCUGAUCAAGAAACCAGUACAGCCCUUGCUGCAGUUAUGGGGUCCAUGUUUGCCGUCAUUAGCCUUGCAUCCAUUGCUGUGUACAUUGCCAAAAGAUUUAAGAGGAAAAACUACCACCAUUCAUUAAAAAAGUAUAUGCAAAAAACCUCUUCAAUCCCACUAAAUGAGCUGUACCCACCACUCAUUAACCUCUGGGAAGGUGACAGCGAGAAAGACAAAGAUGGUACUGCAGACACCAAGCCAACCCAAGUUGACACCUCCAGAAGCUAUUACAUGUGGUAACUCAGUGGAUAUUUUGCUUCUGGUAGUAAGGAGCACAAAGACGUUUUUGCUUUAUUCUGCAAAAGUAACAAGUUGAAGACUUUUGUAUUUUUGACUUUGCUAGUUUGUGGCAGAGUGGAGAGGAUGGGUGGAUAUUUCAAAUUUUUUUAGUAUAGCGUAUCGCAAGGGUUUGACACAGCUGGCAGCGUCUCUAGGCUUCCAGUUUGUGUUUGGUUUUUAUUCUCAUCAUUAUUAUGAUUUUGUUUUAUUUGUUGUGCUAAACUCAAUAAUGCUGUUCUGACUAAAUGCUAAAUAAAAUGAUUAAUGACAGGUUGGGGUUCCCCUGUGCUUUUACCAGUAGCAUGACCCCUUCUUCUGAAGCCAUGAGCAGACAGUACCAUGUCCUCCAAAAAGCUAACACACAGUUGUGAAGCAGCAUUGAACUUUUUGUAGCAAUUUGGUCUACAGACUUGUAACUGGAGAAGCUAAGGCUAGACUUGUUACCUUUGUUGAAUGAUGUUAGUUGACUGUACUGUAAUGUUGUAUCAACUGAAUUGAAUGUUUGCUUUUGAACAACGACUUUUUUUUUUGUAAUAGUUAAAAGGCUUAGAACAAGCUAACAGGCAAUAGAAAUAUGUAUAUCAGAUUUUUUAAUGUAACUAACUACAUGUUAAUUGUUACCUUAUUCUUUUUAUCUUUAGUAGACACUUUUAAAAGACAAUAAUUUUGUUGUGUUUAACUCACCAACAUGUGGUGUAUAAUGAAGACAGAACUAUAUAAUAAAUUAGUUUUGUUCUGAUUUUUUUAGAACACUUGCAAUAAUGUAUCAUUUAUAGUUCUUUCUAGUUGCAGUGGUGAUAUUUUUCACAUUCUCCAAAACAACCACCAAAAUAAAUUACCUAUAUAGCAUGUUGCUUUUUAAAACUAGGCCCUAAAAAGUUUUGAAUUCUUUUUCUAAGGGAAGAAAUAAAUAUUUUAAUGAAGAUAUUUUACUGAAUAGGAUUUCUAUAUUUUAAAUAUUACUGACCAGACCUAAUGGAAGGAAAAGUUCAUUUGAAGAAAAAAGGUAUAUUACUGUAUCCCACGUAUAGCUAAACAUGGUAAAAGAGAUAUAUACAUUGGAUAUGUCACAUUCCUUUUCUGUAAGGGUCUUGUUAAAAUUUGAUUUUUUUUUUUAGUAGUAUCAUAUUCCCCAUCAAAGUCUAAAUCAUGCUGCUAUGUAAUAUUCCAAAAUGUAUUACAUGUUAUUCCUCUUUUAACAGCUGUCAUUACGCCUAGAUCCAUAUUAGUCCACAUAUCAGUGGGGGGAUAUCUGCUCAGACAAGUAAAUGAUUAAUAGAAAACAGAACAACUUCUCUACAGUUGGCAUUUUUCAUCCAAAUAAUAUACAGAAACAGUUUUGCAGAAUUAAGUGUUUCACGGGUAAUGUGUGUGAAAUUUACAACAGAAGGAGCUAGAUUUAGGUAGGAUCCCAGUUCCACAAAGUGGGGGAGGGGGAAGAUUUAAAGGUAUAGGUGGAGGAAAAAGGACCCACUUGAAAAUGCAGGUUGAUAAAGCAGAGAAACUUUUUUAAAAGGCUGCUCUAGAUGGCACCUGCUUCCACUGACAUGCUAUCACACCAGGAACGAUGAAAUUGUAAAAAGGGACUGAGAGCAAGCAGGUGCCAGCUGAGCAAAGGCAAGGAAAAGGGAGAAAGAAAGCGCAGGCAAGGAAGGAUGAAGGAUUUCUUUCUUGGUAAAAUUCCUUGUUUCAUGAAUCACUUAGGAAAAAAAUCGUCACCUUCCUUCCCAUUUCUAAGGUGGAGAAAAGAACUUCAAAUGCUGAAGCAAGUAAGCUGCACAGGAAAACAAUGAGUGUCUGAACCAGGAGCAUCUUUGUCCACAGCCUACAUUUGUUGACAGAAAAACCUAGGCCCAGGGAGGAACUGUUAACUUGCCCCGGUCAGACUCCUGCCCAUUGAGAACUCUGCCCUCCCUCUAUUGCUCUGGGUCCAGCAGCCUUCUAGGUUGCUGUGCAGAGCUUAUCUUUUUCAGUUCUCAACAACUGUUGGUGCCCUUGCUCCAAAAAUGCACUAUAUCCUCAAGGUCUCAUUUCUUCAGGACAUAUUUUAGCACAAGGGCAGAGCAGAGGGUCAGGAAAACUUCUGCAUUGUGGGUAUUGCCAAGUACAUGUGGGAAACAUCAAGAAUUAGAGAUGCCUUGGAUGCAGCCUUGGGCAGGGGUCAGAGUGGGGGUGGGGGUUCCUGUUGGGGAUUCUUGUCUUCAAAUAUCUACAGAGAGUAGUGGACUAUCGAAGAAAAACAGUGAAAGGGGAAUGACACCAAAGCAUUAGGCCCAGAGCAGGGAGGAGGCAUUGUUUAUCCCAUAAAGCAAUGAUUUGAACCUGGCACAUAAUCAACACUCAAAUAUUAGUGGAAUAAAUGAAAACAAAAGACAACCACCAUUUCUCUAUCCUGGAUAUAUAGCAGUCACCAGGAAAUCCAAGUGUUUUUUUGCCAACUACCUUUUCCCAGGCCACUUUGGGGGGAAAAAUAUCCCUUUUAUUCCUCCUCCAAUAAAAUAUUUGAGCUUCUUUUUCCUUGUCCGUGCUACCUGGUUUGGUUUUCAGUUGAUAGAAAGCAAAAUGGCAUCCCUAGCCAAGUAUUUCCUCAUUUGUACUUAAUUUAAUUUGAUAAGUUCGACAGCCAGUAAAAUUAGACAUCAAACUAGGUCCUGAUUGGUAAUGGAGGUUAUGUCACCUUUUCCAAUGAAGUGACUAUUAUAGGUCACUUUCUAAUUUCAUAUUUUCCCUUUUGCUUCGGGCUGCCCUCAGGGCAUAUAAUGUAUCUCUAACCUGAUUUUACAAGGUUAUUUCUGGAUCAGCUUCUUAAAACAGGCAUUCCCAAAUUUGCCUGUUUAAUUAAUGAGAACCUGAACUGAUGCCAUGAAUAUAAAAACAAAUGCAAUGUUUGAUUAUCAAAUUUUCUAAUUUGGCUGUGUGAUUGACAAAAAGGAGUCAUCUCCAUUCUUUCACAAACAAACAAUACUGAAGUCCAUUAUUUUCUCUCAUGUGGUUUUCUAUUUAUUCAUUCCUUUAUUUGCCAAGGACACCACAAUCAGUCCUUUACUUGGUGUUUGCUUCCUCUCUCUGUCUUCAUCUUCCAGGGCAUUUUCUUUUCUUCAUUACUGGAAAAAAACAUUACACACCCCUAACACUUUGCUGGGAAAACCAUGCUGUCUGCCUUUCUAUUCACUGAUAGGGGGAUUUUAACUAUUUCUGAUGCAUUCUAACUACAACCGAAAAUGCUUUCUUCACCUCAGUUCUUUCACUCUCACCCUGCUUGCAAAUAGAGUUUUUUUUUAUUAUUCAUAAGGGAUUACUUGGAGGAAAAAUGUUUCUUAGAAGAUGAAUUUGAGAGUCAUCAUCCAUCCAGAGCUCUGGAAUGACUUUGGCAUAGAAUCCCUGCACGACUUGAUCUAAUCUGGUGUGGGCAUGAUUCCUCAGUCCUCCCCCCCUCCCCCCUUUGCAGUAAUACUAGCACCAGCUCCUUCUCUCUGUACUCCAAGUCAGGAACUUAGCGUAUAUGGUAAGAAUAAGGAGAUGGCAAGGGGACUCAUUAUUUUUGUACCUGCUGGUUCAGCAUUGCCCAGCACACCUUAACAGAGCUAAAUGGGUUUCUUGUAUUGUAGAACUCCUCAGAGACUUGAUGGUACUAAUAUAAAUUACAUAGCAUUUCCCACAGCUGUUUGACCAUUAGUAUAUUUCAGGCUACUAUUCUGUACUACAGAUCCUGAGAAACUGAGGAUUUAAUUUAAUCUCCAAAACAGUCCUGAUAAAUUGGCUAUUAUUCUUCGCAAUUUACAGAAAAGAGGACCAAGGCCCAUAGGAGUAAUCAUUUGGUGACACCGUACAUUUCUGUAAGUGGGUGAUCAUGAUGGGGCCCGUCACUUCCAGUUUCCUCUCCAUCCAUCCAGCACCCUUCUAAGGUGGAGGUGGGAGUAUCUAUAGAAGGUGAGAGGCUGGAGGUCACAGAGCACCUGGGGAAAGCAGAGUAAGUACAUACAGGAGAACCCAUGGGAGAUAACACUGAAAACUUUCUCUAUGUCUUAAUGUUCUUCUCUCUUCCCCUUUAAAGAUUUAUGUGCUGGGAAGUUCUAAACUACCCAUCAAAACUGUGUUCACAUCAGGCUAAAUUUUAAUUCUAACCUUCAGUUCUCCUAUACUCUCCUCUCUGUUACCUGCUCAGAAAAUCUGAAAGAUUUUGUGGAGGAAAUGCCAAGCUCAUUCUUUCCUUAGCAGUAAAAUCAUGGAAGGCGUAUGUAAAAUUAGUAACAAACUCAACGUUUAGCUCCAAAGCUUAAAGGGGGAAAUGUGAAAUUCAUAUAACUGGGCAGUUGCAAUGGUGUAUAUGACAUACCUGGAAACAAAUGGCUUUUGUACAAUCACCAAGUUUGUGGAGUUGGUGGGAUAUUUUUAUUCAGGGUUCUCUCUGUUCCCCAGAAAAAAAUUCUAUCCAGAGGCCGUAAGACAUUAAAAGGAUGCCUUUCUUUUUUUUUUAAAUAAAUGUGAUAGCCCUCCUGACAUACUCCAAUUUUGUCAGUUACAUUCUACUUAAUAUGAAGCAAAACCAGUUUCACUCACUUCAUGAAAGUAGCUCUGGGUGCACAGUGGGUCAGACCAUGCAGUCCUCUCCUUUCCACCUUGCCUCCCUCCCUCUCUCCCAUAAGAUUAAACUGACAAGGUAAAUUUCAGCCUGGGCCCUGACAAAAUGGUCAUGAAUUCCUAAUGGGGGGCUGCCCUGAAUUACGUAGCAUUUUAAUGGGAAUUGGGUAUAUUAGUAAGACAGUCUGCACCGCAGCCUGUCUUACUAACAUAAACAAGACAGGGUGGUCCUGGAGGGAAGAAAAACAAAUUUACAGUGGUGACUUAUGAAAGAAAAAGGAGGGAGAAACAUUCUUUGUGUACAUAGCCCUCUGCUAGGAACUUCACAUAGAUCAUUUACAUUUAAUCCUUUUAAUUGACCCGCCUACCCCAGGGAGUGGGUACAGGGCAGGUACCAUUGUCCCUCCAUUAGAGAGGAGAAAAAUGAAUACUCAGCCUCAGAGAUGCAAGCAAUUUACCUGAAAUCACACAGCUUGUAAAAUGCAGAACUUAAACUUGAGGUCUAUAUGCAUAAAACUUAUUGUUUUUCCAUUAUAAAAUGGUCUGCAGGCUAAAUCUGGACCAGGAGUGUAGAACACAGAGCCCAAAAGCCAAUUUGGCACUUGAGAUAGAAGGAAAAAUGGAGCAAAGAGAGGCACUGCCCAGAAGUGAGAACUCAGAGUACAGGGGUCUAAUUUAAGACCCAAACCUGAGAUCAAUAUACGGAAAUAAUACUAAGUCAGAGAGAGGAAAAAGUAAAGGACUAUUUGUGAUAACAAAUACAUGCAAGCAAAUGGAAGACACUGAAGCUGAAGAAGAAAAAAACAGUUUAAAAAAAGGAGGAGGGUAGUCUGGGUAGGGGUGGAACUCAGAGUAUGGUUAUUUCUAUGAAAUAGGUAUAUCAUUUUUUUACAUGGAGAAACUGAGCCUCAGUUCAUCAGUCCUAAUUCGAAGUCAAAUCUUGAAGCCAAGAUUUCAACCCUGGCUGUCAGACUCUAAGGCCCAAGACUAACCACUAAACUGUUCUGUAGCUAAAAGGCACCCAGAGGACUGGGCUGGCCAUCUCAUUUGCUUGAUUGAUUUAGUUCUUCCCCGAGAGCAGCAAGAAAAAGGGUAGGUUUCAUGACCUUGUAAGGAUCUUGCAAGGACCUUCCUACAAAAGGUGUAUAAACCUGGGAUUAAUGCCACAGUCUUUGGUGGGGAGCAAAAUUCUGCCUCAGUCUUUUUCUUUUGUAACCAUUAAGGUCAGCCUCACAUUUUAAUCAUUUCUCUGAUCUGUUUUACACCACAUCACCCAGAGCAAAGACUUGUUCUGGUUCUCAGUGUAAUCUAAUCUUAACUUUCCUGUAAAUCAUUCCAGCGGACCAGUGUGUGUGUAUGGGAGGAGGGUGGAGGUGGAGGAGGUUUUCAGGAGGAUAAACUCCCUGGGGUACCUUUAAGUGAAGAGUUUUUAUGCCAUAUCUUUGUGAUCUCAAUAGCCCUUCAUUUUAAAAUAUAUUGCUUUCUAUCUUAUAAGAAGCAAAUUGGUUUAAAUACCUCCUACUCUACUGAUAAAACUAUGAAAAAAAGGCCACUAUGAAUAUUAACUAAAAAUGUAUGCUCCUGUAUUACUUUUCCUCUUGUUAGAAUAUCACACAUAACAAUGCUCUAUUUCACCAAAUUUUAUUCUAACUGGCUUUGGUGUACCCCUGCCAUCAUAAGAUAGUUCAUAUCUGCCAUUCAUUUUUAAAUGUUAUUUUUUUCUUCGAUUAUGACACUAAUAUAUGUUCACUAUAGACAAUCUGGAGAAAAAUAGUAAGAAAAAAUAGUGUUUAUCAAAAUAACCAAGUGAGAUUUUGGUGUACUUUCUUCUAGCCUUUUUUCCCUCUGUGUGUAUAUUUAUAUAUGUAUAUAUACAAUAAUUAUAAAAUAUACAUAUUUAUGAAUAUAGAAUUAGAACCCUGAUAUAUAUGAUUUUGUAUACUGGUUUUUUUUUUCUUCAUGCAAAAAAUAAGCAUCUUCUCAUAUUAUUUAUUAAAUUCUCUUGGAAAGCC